CACUUGAACCACCAUCACCAUCAAAAUCAUGCAAUAUCAAGCCAGGGUUCCCACUCACAUCGUCGACGGUGUAGAUUGCCAGAGACAAAUCUGGUGCUGGCGCCUUCUCCGCUCGCUCAUGGAGUUCAUAAUCCCGAGCUGCAAUCACAGCUACCUUCAACAACAACACCAAGAAGAAGAAGAUCAAGAAAAAGAAGAACUGCACUCCUUCAAAAAUCACUCCUCCUUCCCUAAAACCAUAAUCAUCCCCACCACAACCACCAUCACCGGAACCUUCUUCGGCUAUCGCCAUGGAAAACUAAGCUUUUGCAUUCAAACCAACUCAAAAACCACCGCACCCAUCCUCCUCCUCACUCUAGCCGUCCCCACUGCACUCCUCGCCAAGGAAAUGCAGAGCGGCCUUCUCCGGAUCGCUCUCAAGUGCCACUCUGACCCCACUAAGCAUGCCCACGGCUCCUCCUCUCUCUUGUCCAUGCCAUUCUGGACCAUGUACUUCAACGCUAGGAAGGCGGGGUUUGCCAUAAAGCGUCGACCUUCACAGGCCGACCUGGAUGUUCUUCGACUGAUGCGAACUAUCCAUUCGGGAACUGGCAUUAUAAACAGGGAGGCAGUAAGCUGUAACAAUGAGCUCAUGUACCUCCGCGCCAAUUUCAAACGGGUGUCUGGCUUGUCUGACUCGGAGUCAUUUCAUUUGAUCAAUCCAGACGGGCGAGCUGGUCAAGAGCUCAGCAUCUUCUUCCUUCAUUCUCGAUAGCAUCUUGUUCGUGCAUUGUUAUCGUUUUCUACUUGUAUACUAGCAAGCUCUAUAUCUUCUUGUUUCUUUUACCUGGUUCUCAUCUUGUAUUCUACAAGCACCAUUUCUUCAAAGACCUUCUAUUUCUUUCUUUCUAGAGGGUUGUUUGGUUGUUUCUUUCAUUUUAGUUCCUUCUUUCCACCAAGUGAGUGAGAUAUUAUUGAUUGAGAAUAAAAUGAAAAUAUUACAA